CAUGAAAGGACGAAAGAGACCACCCAUCCAUGACCGACAACAAUGGAGCCUGGUGAUUCGGGCGAAUGCAAUCACUAUCGUCGCUGAUCAUGUCAUGAGUGACGCUUGCCGCAGAGCUUCCAUUUCCUUAAUAUAGGUCGCCCUUCAGGUCAUCACCCGCCGCAGCGCCUCGGCCAUCCGGAACGAUCGCCGUCUCGUCUGCGGUAUCCGAGCCGCAGUCGCGGCCAGUAUAGUCGGCUUACCACCUCAGUGGCCGACGGUAUAUGUGCUACGAUGUCACAGCCCCUUGCCCAGGGCCUGCUGUAUUCCCGCAGCUUGAUCCUAGAGCAUGUCAAAUGGACCGCGAUUGCCCCCAUUCGAACAGUCACAGAGGACGGCGAUAUCAAGCCGGCCGUUGCACUGAGCCGGUCACCUCAGUCGAGUUCCCACGAGGGCAAUGGUGUACUUGUGACGGUCCUGAUUCCAAACGAUGCGGCAUGAGCAAAGAGAUGAGGAGAUCAUCUGGACUGACAAAGCUGGGCUGCAUUCGGCUCCCAUGAGCCUACCUUAAACAAACACCAUACCGGCGUGUGACAGAGCAUGUGAGUCUGGAAGGCAGUGGGCCAGGCUGGAGUAGAUGGGAGAUAGGGUAAGACGCUUGUACUCUUGUCAUUGACGACUCGCGCUUGCUUGACUUCGGCAUUGUGAAACUCGGAUGACGGGUGUCUGUUCGAAGAAAGCCUCCAGUCGCCGGC